GCUCAGUAUAUUAACGUGAUUGAUGUUGGUUUGGUGUGCCUGAGCUCGCGGGGUCGAAUCAGCUGCACUUCAUAAUUCACUGGGAGUACAGCGGGCAGAACUUUGAGCAAUAUCGCAGGACUAAAAUAUACAUACCAUCAAAACAAUCGCGGAGGAUGUCGGCGAAUAAAGUCAAGAAAGUGAAAAUGGCUACCAAAUCAUGUCCAGAAUGCGAUCAACAGAUUCCAGUAGCUUGCAAGUCUUGUCCCUGUGGCUUUGUGUUCAUAAGCCGAAAACUUCUAAAUGCCAAACUAACCGAGAGAUCGCCGCCAACAAUAGACAAGCUAGAUGCAAAGAGGAGGAGGACCGAAAGGAUCCGCAGAGAGAAAAUCAGCUCAGUCUCAACCAAUGACAUGGAGAACAGGAGGCGGUCCCGCACAAACAGCCAAUCGGAGCAGAUCCGUAGAGGGAGGGGCCGGCCAAAAACGGUCACUCUCAAGAAGCAGGAAGAAGAGAAAGAAAAGCAAGAAAAGGAGGUCGACAUUUACGCCAAUCUCUCGGACGAGAAGGCCUUCGUGUUCUCCGUCGCACUGGCGGAGAUUAACAGGAAGAUCCUGGGUCAGAGACUAAUCUUGUAAGCGGGAUGUCGGGAGCGGAGGCCAGAGGAAACUCUGCGCUGUCUCUGACGAGUGACCGCGGCGGGCCUGGUGGGAAUGAAAUGAACCUUGACCUGGAAGUGCUUUUGAUGGAGCUGCAGUAGGUAAUCCCUGCCUCUGAUUGGCCCAGGCCCUGGCUGUGGCCAGAAUACCGUGAGACUGUGGAAACCUAUUACUCCUUUGUGGAUGAUGUGAAAAGAACCUUUCCAUAAACAACAAAUUCAGAAGUUACAUGAAAUCUAAAUAUAUGUGUGUGUAAAUAUUUAUAUAAUGUAAAUAAAAUAUAGUUUUAAGCAAUUUUA